AUGACCGCAGCUAUGAAAAACGAAGUAUUAGAACUUGAGACGAAAAUUACUAGUCACGAAGCCUACGGAACUGCUUACAAAUGGUCACCAAGGGAUUUUGAGCUCGGUUCGGCUUUAGGCCAAGGCAAAUUUGGUCAUGUUCACGUUGCAAGAGAAAAGAAAACUGGAUUUCUUGUUGCUAUCAAAACUUUGUUUAAAUCACAAAUCGUCAAAUCAAAAUGUGAACGACAAGUAAUGAGAGAAAUUGAAAUUCAGUCGCAUUUGAAACACCCAAACAUUCUGCGCCUGCUGACUUGGUUCCAUGAUGAAAGACGCAUUUAUUUGGUAGUAGAGUUUGCUGCUGGUGGAGAACUGUACAAACAUUUGACGAACUCACCUAAAGGACGUUUCCCUGAACCAAGAGCUGCCAAAUAUAUUUAUCAGGUUGCAGAUGCAGUGGAGUACUGUCACCAGCACCAUGUCAUACACCGUGAUAUAAAGCCGGAAAACAUACUUGUUGCGUUUAAUGGUGAUCUCAAGUUGGCUGAUUUUGGUUGGUCAGUUCAUGCACCAUCAGAAAGGCGCAAAACAAUGUGUGGUACUCUGGAUUACCUGCCGCCUGAGAUGGUGAAAAGGGAAGUGUAUGACGUCACCGUAGAUCACUGGUGUAUUGGAGUGUUAUUAUACGAGUUCUUGGUCGGCAAACCUCCGUUUGAAAGUGAGGGGCAGGACAAGACUUACCAAAGAAUUGUCACAUUGGAUAUGAGUUUUCCUGAUCAUGUACCAGAGGGCGCCAAAGACCUUAUUUCAAAGCUUCUUCGACCAACAAGCAAAGAGCGAUUAUCAUUGGACGGUGUCAAAAAACACUUUUGGGUGCAACAAUUUCAAAGUGCAUGA